AUGACCUCUUCAGAUCUGGAACAGUUAUACUCUCACAUUAAUGAAAAAAUUGGCAAUAUUAAAAAAACUCUGCCAUUAAGAGACUGUGGCCAAGAACCUGCCUCGAAGACUACAUUAAAUAAAAUAGGAGUUGAAGUCAUUGUAGUCAAUGAACAUCUAAAUAAAUUGGAAUCAGAAGUUCAGUAUCAAGAACAAACCAACAAUUCAUUCAAGGAACUCUGUGAAUCUCUUGAAGAAGGUUAUAAAGGUGAGCAACAUUGCAAAGAAAAGAUUCCUUCCCAUUUUCCUCAUGUAACAGUAAUCCAGAGCAACGAUAAAGAAUCAGAUCUUAACCCUGAAGAACCACCCAUUGUCAAAUUUAAUGAUGUUAUUAAAGAAAUCAACAAGGCAGUAAUUAGUAAAUAUAAGAUGCUUCAUCAAUCAAAAAAGUCUAUGAGUUCUGUGGCCAGAAAUCUCUAUCACAGAUUUAUUGAUGAAGAAACAAAGGAUACCAAAGGCCAUUAUUUUAUAGUGGAAGUUGACAUAAAGGAGUUCUCAGCUUUGAAAGUUGACAAAAGUUUUCACGUGAUGCUGAAUAUUUUAUGA